AAUGCCUGCACUCACGUUGCACAUCGUGUCGUGAAAGCGCUGUGCCUGCGAGAGGUUAAUGUUCAUUAGCUAAGGUUACUUGGAUAGCCAACAGAAACUGGGCUAACUUUCAAAUACAGGAAUAUUGUACUUUAUGUACAGUUUAAAGGCCGUCCCUGUGUAAUAACACACUGGAUUGUGGAUAUAAUAAACGAUCGCGGACGCUGAAUCGUCAAGGGAGUGGUCUCUGAAGCUCAGUGACUGACAGACGACGAACCGCCAGCCUGUGACGCUGACGGGACGAGCUAGCGGCUCACGCUAACCCGCUCAGACCCGUGCGCUGAAGCCGGACCUCCAGAGUUCCCGCUACCGCGUUUGACCUGCUGAUCAGCUGGCGGUGCAGAUGCCGAGCGGCGGAGGCUUCAUCGAAGGAGAGGAAGAGGACGGCGAGGGAGACGAAGCGAUGGAGUGUUCCUCGGUGCCAGGAGGAGGAGGAGGAGGAGGAGGAGGUCCCGAGCAGCUCCUGGCUGCGUUUGGGCCGGGGGUUAAAGGCGCGGUCGGGGGGAGUGAGGAGGUGGGACGGAGCGAUGUGGGCGUGGCCAGCCACCAUGAUGGGACGGAUUCUCCCUCCAAUCACCGCUCUCAAAGUACGACUGGACUGGACAAGAGGUCGGAGCUGCACGCUGAUCCUGCCAGUAAUCAAACGGAGAGCAGCGGAAGCGAGCAUCCGGAGCAGGAGCGGGCCCAGUCACACAGCGAGAUAAUGAGGGCGAUGAGGGAGAUGAAGAGGAGGUUGCCGUCCGACAGGAAGGGUCACCGCAAGGCCCGGACCGUGGAGGCGCUGCGCUACGCACUCCGCUGCGUCAAACAAGUGCAAGCCAGCAGCGAGUACCACAAGGUUCUGCUGGGCAGCUGGAAGGAGGAGCAGGGAGAGGUCAGCCCCACGGUCUGCACCCUGGAGGAGCUGGAGAGCGUCACCUCCGAGCACACCCUCAAAAACACGGGCAUGUUCGCGGUGGUGUUCUCCCUGACCAGCGGCCGGGUGCUGUACGUCUCGGAGCAGGCUCCCAGCAUCCUCGGCCUGCGGGGCAGCUUCCUGCGUGAGGCGCGUUUCGUGGAGCUCCUGUACCCCCAGGACGUCAACGUGUUCUACGCCCGCACCGCACAGCCCCACCUGCCCCCCUGGACCCUGGGCCCCGACAGGAAGGCCGACCUGUACGACUGCACCUGGGUCAAAUCCUUCUUCUGCCGCCUCAGGGGGGGCAAGGACGGCGAGGGGGAGGUGCGCUACAGCCCGUUCCGCCUCACGCCGUACCUGCUGAAGGUUCGGGGCGGCGAGGGGGAGGAGGACCAGCCCUGCUGUCUGACGCUCGCCGAGCGCGUGCACUCAGGAUACGAAGCUCCCAGAAUCCCCUUGGAGAAGCGCAUAUUCACCACCACCCACUCCCCGGGCUGCGUCUUCAUGGAGGUGGACGACCGGACACACACACACUCUCUCACACUCACACACACACACACACACACACACUCUCUCUCACACACACUCUCACACACACACACACUCUCUCUCUCACACACACACACACACACACACAGGUGGCUGACUCCUCCCUCCCUGUGCUGCGCAGUUCUGAAGUACGCAGGCCAGCGGCCGUUUGAGGACAGGUCCUUCCGGCUGCGCUGCCAGAACGGCGACUACGUCACGCUGGACACCAGCUGGUCCAGCUUCGUCAACCCCUGGAGCCGCAAGGUGGCCUUCGUCAUCGGCCGGCACCGAGUCCGCACGGGGCCCCUGAAUGAGGAGGUCUUCGCCACACGGGGCAGCGUGGAGCAGCCUCGGGUAUCUGAGGAGAUCCAGGAGUUGCAGACCCAGAUCUACCGGCUCUUUCUGCAGCCGGUGUAUAAUAACGGCUCCAGUGGUUAUGGCAGUAUGGGCAGUAAUGGCUCCCAUGAGCCCUACGUCAGCAUGUCCUCCAGCGAAAGCAACGGCAACCUGUGGGAGGACUCUCUGCGUGAGCCGUUGAAGCUGCAGCGGAUCUGCUCAGACGUCCGGAGGGUGAAGGCCGGGGGGCAGCAGGGGCUCUUGGACUCGCGCUGCAAACUGCCCCCCAUGGGGAGGGCCACAGCCGGGCCCACAGCUCCUCCCACUGCCUCCCAGCCAAUGGAGAGCGGAGUCGCCCUCAGCCCCCCCCACAAGGAUUCCAGGAAGCCGCACCACAUUCCAUCCUACCAGCAAAUCAACUGUGUGGACAGCAUCAUCAGAUACCUGGAGAGUUACACUGCUCCUUCGCUGAAGAGGAAGACUGAGUCGCCGUCCCUCGCCUCCUCCUCUUCCUCUGAGGAAGAUAAGGGUCACGGGCCAGCGAUGGCAGCAGAGGAGGCCAUGCAGGAGGAGACGGGCGUUUCGGGGGGGUCGGCGGUGACUCUGGCGCACACGGCCGGCGCGGUGGUGGGGGCCCCGCUGACGGGCGUCACGCUGUCCCCCCAGGCCCUGAGCGUGGUGUCCCUCACCAGCCAGUGCAGCUACAGCAGCACCAUCGUGCAUGUGCCCCAGCCCGAGUCCGAAGUGACAGCGCUAGAGGAUGCACCAAUGGGCAGCGAGCAUGCUGACCCCACCCCCCUGCAGCCCCGCCCACAGCCCAGCCCGCUGGGGCUGACGAAGGAGGUGCUGUCGGCGCACACGCAGAAGGAGGAGCAGGAGUACGUGGGCCGGUUCCGUCACCGCAUCCUGCAGGGCCCGUACCGGUCCUACCUGCAGCGGGACAGCAGCCCUGGCCCCUCCCAGCAGCGCGGGCCCUCAGGUAACCAUGGCGAGCAGGAAGUGGGCGGAGCUGCACGGAGGAAGACCAGGGUCCGCGAGCUGAAGGCCAAGCGGCGUCGGGAGCAGUGGUCCUCAGACAGCUACGCCUCCCCCCCCGAGGGGCACUGCGUGGCCCCCUCCCCGUGCCAGAACGGGGCCCCCUCCCAGUCCUCCGCGGUGGGCUUGGUCUCGCCCUACCAGCAGGUCCUCGGGGUGCCUAGCGCCCCCCUCUACCCGGGCCCCCUGCCCUAUCAGGGCUUCUCGUGCCCCCCCAGCGCACCCGGUGUGCUGCCUACCCCGGGGGGGGUGGGGCCGUACGUGGCGCCCGUCAUGGCUAUGGUCCUGCCGAACUUCCCCUCCUACCCCACCUACGCGCAAGGGGCGUGUCCUCUGGGCCCCACCCCUCCCUUCUUCCUCCCUCCCUUCAACCCCUCUCCCUUUGGCUCCUCCCCCUUCCCUGCGUUCCCUGGCCCCGCCCUUGUGCCCCAGGCCCCGCCCACCCCCGUCCCGCCCACCCCCUCCCCCUCCCCCGGCGCUCUGGACCCGCCCUCUCAGCUCUUCUCCAGCUCGAGGUCCAGCUCCCCGCUGCAGCUGAACCUCCUGCAGGAGGAGCUGCCCAAACCCGCCCAGCCCCAGCGGCCCGAGGGAGACGCGGAGAGCCAGGAGGAGGCCCAGCGAAAGGAGGAGGAAGGUCUGAGCGAUUCUGGUAACCAUGACAACCGGUCUACCUCCAGCGAGGUGCUGGACCUGCUGCUCCAGGAGGACGCCCACUCCAGGACCGGCUCCAACGUCUCGGGCAGCGGCUCCGGGGAGUUCGGCGGGUCGCUCGGCUCGGGGUCCAACGGCACCUCCACCAGCAACACAGGCAGCGGGGACAGCAGCCUGUACUUCGCCUCCAGCGACUCCUCGCACACCUCUCCCCCGGCCAGCAGGGGGCAGCCUCAGGGCGAGCAGGCGGCCGAGGACCGGGCCAAUUUUAAGCGGUGCGUGGAGAACUCGCUGUGGAGCCUGAUACAGCACACGCCGGAGCCUGUGAUGAUGACCUAUCAGAUCAGCCCAAGGGACCAGGCCCAGGUUCUGAAGGAGGACCGGGAGAGGCUGCUCCUCCUGGCCCCCCUGCAGCCCGUCUUCACGGAGGCGCAGAAGGAGGAGCUGGCGGAGGUGCACCCCUGGAUGAAAGAGCACGGCCUGCCAGAGGAGAUCAACACACAGGGCUGUGUGACCUGCAUGCCUGACGCAAACUCCCCAGCCCCUCCCAUUUCUGCCACGCCCUGCCCCCAGGACCACCCCCCACAGGACCCCAGCCCCGACACCUGACACUUCACACACCACUUAACCUCCCCACGAAGGGGUGGGGCUACGGGGACUUAAGAGCCACUCCCACCCACAUCGGCCAAUGGGAAGGAAGGAGGGAGGAGGGGCCAGAACCAAGUGGGAGACUCGGACCUUCAGUUCUUGCCCUGUGGGCCUGUGGGACCCGUCACACCAUGUGACCUGUACAGAGGGCGGGGCUUCACCCCGUGAAGUUUACACACAAAAAACAAUGGAACGUAAACAGGAAGAAAGGCCUGGGUCCAAACAGGAUCAGCUUCCUCCCUGAAGAGACUACGGAGGCCUGGUUAGGCUUCUUUUUAUUUUGUUUUAUUUUAUUUUAUUUUAUUUUCUCCUUCCCCCCCUUGUCUCUGCCGAGCCACUGUUUGGCCUCAGGAGGCGGAGCUCUGUCCUGCCCGGAUGACGUGCGUCACGUUUUUAUUUAACCGUGUAAACCCCCGUCUCCUGCUCUCAGUCGGCCGCUCUCCCGCUGCGCUGCGUCUGGGUCAGUCAGCGGCUUUUCAGCGUUCGGCUGAGACCCCUGACCUGCGUGCGCGUCCUCGUCUCCUCUGAGCCCGGCUGAAUCUGGGCCAGGCGGGCGUGGGCUCAGGUGAGCUGCUCUCCUACACCUGUGCGUGGUGAUGACCUCACCCACGGGCCGCAGCUGGGACCCGUCCGGUGUGUAGAGGGAGGCCCGGUUAGUUUUGCGAUACGCAGGUGUUGUAAAAUAGCAUAACGACGAGAACAGUUGUGUGCGGUAUGCAGGUUCUGUGUGCGGUCGCAGGUUCUGUGUGCGGUACGCAGGUGCUGUGUGCGGUCGCAGGUUCUGUGUGCGGUACGCAGGUUCUGUGUGCGGUACGCUGGUAUUGACUGUGGCCGCUGUUCAUAUGUACAUAUCGGGCACCCGUUGCUCUAGAGAGCAAGACCGUUUUUCCAGUCACUAUGGAGACGGUGGUUACAGAAGAAGAAAAACCCUAAAAAUGUCUCCUCAGAGGUCAUGUUUUCUCUUUUGGGGCGCAGUGGAAAGGGGGGGGGGGGGGUAGGACCUGUGUGUGCUCGUUUCGGGGGAACCUCCCCUCAGGUAGAGAGAACCUCACACCCCCGUUGGUCUUUCCUGUGUACGUUUCCCCCGAGCUCUGCUGGUCUGAUAUGUGCUCACACAGACCGCUUCAUAAUCCUGUACAGUUCACAUGUUGACUAUAAAUAUAGCCGUUAUUAUUAUUUUUUUGGCUUUUUAUGUUGUGUAUUUAUUUUUGGUCUGAUGGAAAGCCUGUUGGCCAGUAUUGGAUUGUCCUUUUUGGGGAGGGGGGGAAGGGGCAGUUUUUAAUAUUGAGCCUAACAGUAAGGGCCUGUUUCCACUGGUAACGACGAUGAAUAUAAAUCCCCUGCUGGUGUCCACACUGUUGUUGUGCACCUCGGUCAGUCCACGCGCAUUCUUAUCGCGAGAACGGCCAGUCCAGAUUGUCCAGAUGUUUAUUGAAGAUUGCUCUGAGAGUGAUCCAAACAAUGUCCAAUGUUAUCAUAUAGCUGAAUUCUUUCAAACUUAUUUUGAGAUAUUUGUUGAGUAUUUAAUGUUAAAUAUACAAACUUGCUUUCAUUUGAAUUUGGACAUUGUUUAUCGUUUUACGGUUAUAGUUAUGGUUUCCUGUGGAAACGGGCCAUAGUCCAGCGAAUUCAAUAUUUUCUUUUUUUUUUCUUUUUUUGCUCUUUCCUGUUAAACGCCCCCUAGUGACCGUACAGAGCUUCCUCAGAACCAAAAACCAGCUUUCCGUUCACAAAUGUUUUCUCAUAAAUCCCAGUUAUCGUUGUGUUGUGUUUCCUGACUGCUGAAGCUAAUGCAGCUGUUGCAGGGCUGAUACUCCGUUCGUGUUGCUCCUCUCCUCUCCUCCUCUGUGGUCAGUAGGGAGAGGUUGUCCUCUCCUCCCCCUGAGAUCUCGCAGCUUCUAACGCAAAACACCAUCACUGUUAACCACGGCCCCUUUCAGUCAGCAAACAGGCAGCUGAAGCAUUAUGGGGCAGUUUGUGUAGUUUGUGGUUAUGGAGUGGUUAUAAGUGGUUAUGAGCUGUUAUGAGUGGUUAUAGAGUGAUGCUUGGGGAACCACAUCAGGCCUGAGGCUGCAGUGUGCUGUUCGUCGCCAGUCCGAUGACUCUCCAAAAUACCGAUUUAAAAAAAAAAUAAUAAUAAUAAUAAUUUCUUCACUGAGUCGUCACAUUUACCUGCAGACACUGCGGCCCUCCAGGAGUUCCGUUUGUCCCUCACAGUCACAAUAAACUGCAUUACUGUGUAUUAUACUACAUCUUUAAUGACGGAGGAUUUCUGUCAUCAUUUUCUAAGUAUUUUUUUAUGUCUUGUAAUUGUGCUGAAGGAGUUUUGUAAAUCUUAAAGUGGACGUGUACGUCAUCAGACAUAGGUAGAGUUCCUGGAGAAUGAUCCACCCCUGUCUGCUGGAAACCUGAACACCUGGACACUGAACACUGAUCACUGAACACUGAACACUGCCGUGGGAGUCACAGUGCUACUGUAGUACCUGUACACGAUGGCCUUUUUUUUUUUUUUUUUACAAAGGGAAAAAGAAUAACCACGACUAGCAGUGUGUUAAGAGCCGUACGGCCGUCUGUUCAGAAAGAGUUUCAGAAAGUGAUGCCGUCAAACAUCCGAAUAAAGACAAAACUGUUUCUCCUUUCA